CAGUCGCAAAAAGAACGUCAUACCAGGUUUUAAUGACAAUGGCUAAAGUAGAAGUGAAUUGCAUAUCAGGGUUAGACGGUUGAAAGUUUUUUCGGGUUAAGAAGCGCGAAAAGCCAAACAAAUUAGUUAUAUACACAUAUACAUGUGCACCGAUGAAAAUAAUUAAACAUUCUACAAAUCAAUAAGCGUUACGAACUUAUUUUCCGAACACUUAAAUUGCAUUGUGCCAUCCGUACUUGCAUAUUUUUUUAAUCCUAUAUAUGUAUAUACAUAUGUAUGUAAGUUAAUAACCUACGUAGAAAUUUACAAAUCGUAAAAAGCAUUACAGCAAAACGUAAUAAGCGUAUGUAGAUACAUACAUACGAGUAUCAGUAAAAGUGAACUCGAUACAUACAUAUCUUGGAAAACUUCGACUGGAGACUGUUGACACAAUAAGUUCAGCAAAAUGUCAUGGAGAUAUACGCCCUUUACUGACAGGUACAGCACCAAUAUAGGAGAAAGAUACAGUUCAUUAUAUUAUCAGUCGCCGAGCAGAUUGGAAUCAUCCAGUUCAGACCAAACUACCGGGCGUCAACUGCAGAGAGUUCUCCAUUAUUCAAUGGCCCCGGGCAGAAAUCUUCCUGGUUUGCGAAGAACCGAGUGUGCCAUACAUGAUGUUGAUUGUGAUGAGGUGUAUCCCGGUAUUUACAUUGGUGAUGUAGCUGCUGCAAAAAACAAAUCUUUCCUACGAAUGAUGGGAAUCACUCACGUGCUGAAUGCCGCAGAAGGUUGUCGCUACGGUCAGGUGGACACUGGACAUAGUUACUAUCGUGAUAUGCCCAGCAUAAGAAGAAACAACAAAGAUACUAUUUUCAGGUAUAUGGGCUUCCCAAUGAUUGAUGCUCCUACAACCGAUAUAUCCCGAUACUUUUACGUCGCUGCGAAAUUCAUUGAUAGCGCCAUAAGCAGUGGAGGAAAAAUUCUUGUUCAUUGUUUGGUGGGCAUGUCAAGAUCUGCCACAUGUGUAUUGGCUUAUUUAAUGAUUUGCCGCAAAAUGUCUGCUUCAGAGGCGAUACGAAAGGUGCGAAUGCGGCGUGAGAUUCGCCCGAAUGAAGGAUUUUUGCAGCAACUGGCCGAUCUGGAUAUGGAGUUGAAACGAAAAAAUCUCUAUCCAUACUAAUGUGGACCCAUCUAAAAUAAUCUUCGGAAAGUGCUCGCACUAAAAUAUAAAUCUAUUACAAACUAAUAUGUGUGUGCAUACAUAUGUAUAUUCUAAGAAAUGCAUGUUGCAUACGUUAUAUGUACACAUCUGUGAAUAUAAUGCUUGCAUAAGCCUAGUUAUAAAGCCGAAAUGGGCAUAUAAUUAUGUAUGUACGUCUUUUCGAUACAAAGUACCUUUACAAUUCGACAAUAACACAUAAAUACCAUACCUAUGUAUGUGUGUACAUAUAAAGGUUUUUCUAAACUUUCCUUAUGUAUGUACAUACGUAUGUAUGUGUGCGUGGGUCUGAACUUUAUGUAUCAAAAUAUACAUGUACAUAUGCAUACAUACGCAAAAGGUAACGACUUUAAUAUUAAAAAUAACCGUAAUUCAUGUUUUACCGAAUCGAGUUUUUAACGGAUUUUUAUGUAUAACCUCUAAAUACACCUUCACUAAAAAAAUUAUUGCCUUACUAUGAAAACUAACGGUAAUACAAUUGUUGAAAAGGAAAACUUAAAAAACUAAAACAAGUAACCCUGUUCCGGUUAUAUUUGCGUUUAGUUUAUUCAUUGUUCAGUAUAUGAAUUAGGGCCUUUCUAUAUUAAGGUAACGAUAUGUACAUAUGUACAUACAUAAAUAUGUAGAUAUAGACAUCUGUGCGUGAGCACACUGGGGAGCAGGUCACAAUAUGGGCAUGUGCAGAUUUUUGUACAAAAGUAACUAAUCUUUUUGACUUUGAAGAGUUCAACUGAUUAGUAGCUAGGAAAGAACCGCCUGGUAGCGCCCAUUCGUAGUCUGAUUUCAAUCAAGUUCAGUAAUAACUUUACCAUGCCCACUAAGGUUAUGUUUAUACGCUUGCACACAUGUCCAUACAUCCAUGAACAAACAUACAAAAUUGCAGGACUACAUACUUGUACCACCUAUUUCCUGGCCGAAGUCUUAUGGCUUCUUUGCAGCUAUGUAUAUAUGUAUGUGCAAUUGUACGUACGCAUAUUGAAUAAAACUAAGGGCAUUUUGCUUUAAACUCAUUCAGAAACACACAUUCUAGUAAAUUUCAAAGAAAAUUUAGCGCAUUAUUUACAUAAAUUUUUACACGGGUGAAAAUGUUUAUGCCGUUGACGAAAAAGAGAAAGUUGUAAAUUGCUACAUAAUAGAAUACAAAAUAGUUACUAAAUAAACUAAUGUCGUAAUCCAUAUAGAUGUAUAAUAUACAUUGUAUAUACUCCUUUAUAGAGGAUAAGUGAAUAUUUUUGUUAAAGUCUAUAUAAAGAUAUUUCAAUUAGCUAAAAAUAAAUCAGAUCAAGUGAAAAAAUGAUUAUGAAA